AAACGACCAGACGCUUGUCUGAUAUACAACACGACAAAGUCCUCCCACAAAAAGCACUAGGGCAAAACUUUUUAGAAGGCAACUGCUUCCUUCAGUGGGUAACCAGGGUCAAACGGGACUGGAUGUCUGUAGUACCAGGAAUGCCAUGGCUAACGAGAACAACCAGGAUUACUUUAGAUCCAACAGCAACGACUCAAAAACCUACAUGAUCAUCCCGACGGCCAAGCGAGAGAAUGAUACAUCUUCAAAGCUAUCGGUCGUCAUGGUGGUAGUCGUUGUGAUUGUGCUACAGAUUGCGUGUACCACUGCGCUGUUCGUUUACUUCAACAUGUCGAUUUCACAGACAAAAAACCAAGGUGUGACUGAGGAGCUUAAAUGCCUGAAACUCCUGAACAAGCUAGAAGAUACAAUCGCUGGAGGACAGAUCCCAGAGGAAGUGAGGGUGUUCAUGGAGCCCUGCAUGAAAGUGGCAGACAGCAUCAAGUCCUACAUAGCCAAGGUUACUGAACAUGCCAUCAGGAGACAUUUACUUCAAGAAGCAAGAAACCUUCCAAGGAGUUUCAACACAUCGGAUGCUCAGUUUGUGAGCGAAGUCACCCAAAGACCUUCCGCACACCUUUCUCUGAGGGAUGUCAGCCAUCAACCACACGAUGAAUCCCAGAGCAAUGACUUGCACCAAUCUUGCCGUCACCCCAUCAGAACCUGGGACACCGGUAGCUUCGGGUCGCACAUCCACAACAUGAGCCUGAACGAGGGGUGGCUCAAAGUGACCCGGAAUGGCCGCUACUACCUGUACUCUCAGGUCUACUUCCGCUACCCCACGGACUCCUCCCUGGACCCCCACAAUCCAGCCCCGGAGAGCCACAGCAGCCACCAGCUCGUCCAGUGCAUCUACAAGAAGACAUCCUACCUAAAGCCCAUCCUGCUGCUGAAAGGCGUGGGCACCAAGUGCUGGGCGGAAGACGCAGAGUACGCCCUUCACUCUGUCUACCAGGGAGGGCUGUUCGAGCUGAGAUCAGGUGACAAGGUCUUUGUGUCAGUGUCCUCCGUGCCCAUGGUCUACGCCGACGAAACCUCCAGCUAUUUUGGGGCCUUCCAACUUGACCUGUGAUCGUGACAAAUCGUGAAAUUAAUAUUGCAGGUGCAUGGAUCUUGUGGAUGUUGCUAAUAUGAUGGGAAGAGGGGGGGAACCAUUCUUAUUAAUUUGUCUGUGUUUUUCUGAAUGUUGCAUGUAUGCAGAAGAAACUUUAAAUCUAGUCCUGUUUACUGUGUGGACAUUAAACAUGCCACUGCCAUCUUUUGAAGAAAAGCAAAUCUAGUUGAUAACCCAGGCCUGCAUAAGAAAAUAAGUCACCCGACCUGAUUUUAAUUGGAAUUCGAAAAACAGUAUACAUUUGGUGAAAAAUGCCCCACAGUUACUGCUUCUUCUCAUAUAGCAAAUACGUUUUGCCUCUUGUUCCAUUUUAAGAUGGUAAAUGGGAUCUAAUGAUUAGCUUCCUGCUUGCCUGAGCUUGAAUGUAGCUUUCUUCACUAGUCAAGGGUUUUGAAAAAUCUUCAACGGAUUAUCAGGCAAGGUAAAAAUGCACUACACAGUUUGGCACAGUAGUUACAAAGCAAAGGACAAACUACCGAAACAUACUAGUUUGGAAGCUCUUGCAUCGCAACUGGCCCACUCACUGAACCAGAUUCUGAUUGGCUCCUACCCCAACCAUCAAGGGGAGCAGAAACAGGAUCUUGAUUGGGACCAAGACAGGACCAUCCUUUCAAUUCUGUAUCUUGGCACAGCAGUUUAUCUGAAAUAUCUUUCGUGAUGGCAGACACCUGGAAUGUGGACCCCUCACCUUUUCAUAAGCCCUAGAAUAAUCCAAGUACUGACAAGAAAAAAGGGUUGGUUUAGCAGGUUGGUUGGGAAUGUGGGAGAAUACUAUUGAUUUUAAUAUUGCCUCGCCAUAUAAAAUAAAAUACAUUGAAAAUGUAUUGAUUUAUAAUUCAGAUAUAUAGUUUAUUUGGCCUGAUAUUCUCAUGUCAGCAUCAGCAGCCGCCAGAAACCCCCUUCUGAGCUAUUUUUUGCACGGCGAAAUGGUUCUCAGAUUUGAAGUGAAAGAUAAAUAUGAAGCCUAACCUAAAACUUUUGGCUUUUUGUUUAAUUGUAUAAAUGUAUGAUUUGGUUCUAGAUGGUUUGGAAUUUCUGGCAGGGUUAGAGUCUGUACCUUGCCUUGCUGGUGCUACAAUUGACAUUUAAAAUCUUCUGUUUUUUGUAACAGUACUUUACUGCCAUCAUAGUCAUUCUACAGUUACAGUGAUAGGGACAAUGCACCACUCCUGUGGAAAAUCUGAUUACCAUAACAAAAUGAGUUUAGUAAAUCAGACUUAAUAUUCCAGUUGCACCCAGAAAAGAAACAAUGUAAAAGUGAUAUAAAUUGGAUGAAGUCUUGUGCGUGUCCCCAAAACACGCAGCUUAUUUUGUUUUAUUAACAAAAAAAUCGAUUUCCUUUAUUAGAAUUUUUGUUUAUUUUUUGCCUUAAAAGAAGAACGGUGCCUUGUCCAGAGAACAAAAAUAUACGUUCAGUUUUACUUUUGUAUAUCAACUUUGGACUGCCAGUCCCGUAUGGUAACUUCAGUUGAUUUUUUUGGAUGCUGAAGAUUUUACACUGUACACUUUUUUUGACCCGAUUAUAUUAUAUUUUUUUGUUUGUUUUUGCACAUCAGUGGCAGUUUUGCCAUCUCGUAGCUUCUGUGCUUAUCACAGGAAAUAGUAUUUUUUUGAUAGAUUACACUUGUUAAUCUAUAUCCGAGAGAAAGAAUGUAAAGUUUAGAAUAGAACCAGUAAAAGUGUAAUGGAUGCAAAAGCCAUUUAAGGCCCUGCUGGUGGAGCUGUUUCAAUGCUUUUGUUUCUACAGCAUUUGAAUGCUGAAACUAAAGGAUAGUACUAUAGAAACGGGCUGGAUUGAUACGACGACGAACUGCAAAUGGCAUUGGCAUACAUCUUUUAUUUAACGGACAGAUUGUGACAAUACUACGCAAACAUGUUUUACUAGUAAAAAACAGUAGGUUGUUUUAGUUGAAAUUCGGUUCAGAUCAUUAGCCCUUGUAGUGACUCAUGUUGUAAACUGCAGACUGGAGCAAAAAGCUUGGCAAGACGACUCAAAAGUAUUUUAGUCCAAAAAAUGUAUUGUUUAGACCUGCUAAGGUGAAUACUUGUGAAAUCACAUUUUAGGAUGAACUCUCUUACAGAUGCAUAUUAAUACUUGUUGAUGUUUUAAAAUAUAUGGAACAGGAUCCCUUCUAUUUUCUUCUUCACUGCUCUUUUUAUAUAUUUUUAUUAUUCUUAUAUCAAUUACAGAAGAGCGGUGAAAUAUACAAUCUCUGUUUGCAGUUAGCUUUGAAAACUGCAAUAUCGACAGGUAUAUUUUAUUUGAAAACCUUAAAAAAAAAAAAAAGUUCAUCUCUCAAUUUUAGAAAUACUGAAAGAAGCAUAAUACAUUCAAAUGACAAACAUUUCAACCAGAAGUCCUUUUUAAUGUCUUCAGAAUGUAUUUGUUUGUCACUAUUUAUUACGUUUUUGUUCGUAUUUCUAACUCCAGCGCUGUUGAGUAUUUAACAGUUAUGGAUGAACCUUUGGUGCACAGUGUGGCUGUCAUUAUUUUGAUGAAGUGUGAGUGGGAAUCAUUGUUUUGGGGUUGGGUUGAAAUACACUGGCGGGAGGAUUGUCAUUCGUGCCAGUGCUUACCGGGUAGCUCUGUUACUGAUAUACUGUGGUAAAGUGCAUUAUAUUCUUGUUUAAACUGUAAAAAGUAUGAAACUCCUUAUACUUUCAUACAAUUAUAUCUAUGUGCACGCCUUUAGCGUCUCUCAUAAAUGUGAACUGAACCAGUUUUUAAAAAAUGCAUUGUUGCCAUGUAGCUGCCGUUGGUUUUAUAAAUUCAUAUGAAAAGAUCAAAGCAAGCACCUUCAAAGCCUAUUGAACAACAAGCAGAAGUCUGAAGAUAAUACGUGUUUAGUAAAACGUAAAUAACUUGGUAACAAACCAUUGAACUGCCAUAACUGAAAUGCAGACUGUUCCACUGGUAUGCUGUACCUGUAAGAAAUGUCGGCUGUCACAAGAGGCUCUUUGGCCUUUUCUAGCACGCAAAUGAGCCCCAGGUUUUUAGCUUCACUUGUUAAAAUGUAUGCAGUAACACACACACUGUGAAUUGUUUCAGAGAAGAAAAAAAUCAGGUUCAAAUAUGUAGGCAUACCAGUUCCUGAUGUAAACAAGGUGCUCAUUGGGAAUUUGAGUCUGACUGGUAGGACAGCAUACUUCUCAUGUCAAAGAUGACAUGUUGACACGCAGAGACAGCUUGAAUGUAAUGGAGACAUUUGGUGGGUUUUAAUGCAUUCUUUAAAUCCUGAAGUAUGACUUCUUUUUGAAAGAAUACUAGUGAAAAAGGCCUAACCCUUAUGCAAAAAGUUGGCAUUUCAGCUUGAGAUCUGAACAUAAUGUACACAUUGUUUCAGUGUAGCAUCCACACCACUAUGUCAAUGGAUUUGCACUGUGACAAUAUGAAGGAAAAGCAUUGCAUUAGUAUUAACAAUUAAACCACUAAGUUGUUGGGAUCACCAGAUGUUACUAUCUAUCUUCAUCAUCUUUCUUAUUGGUCUUCUGUACAGCUUGAUUAAGCACUUGUAAAAAUAACACUCCUUUAUUGAUGACUAACCAUGGAUUAAAAGACAUAAUUGAGGAAUUCAUUUUAUUUUAUUAUUGUUCUAUAACUUGUAAAACAGCAAUUCUGUGUUUUUGUAGGGAGUUGGGAGUUUUUACAGUUUUCUGAACAUGUGUGGUUGUUUAUUAAAGGUGCCUCUAUCAUUAACUUGUACUGAAAACAAAAUGUGUUCAGGGCUUUACCGACUAGUGAACAGAUUAGUUCAGAGUUUUUACUGUUUGAAUAGAUUAUUAGAUUAUUCCAGGUAGUUGUUUUUAACCCAUUGUAAUAUCAAAAAUCAGUGAUUAAAAUUAAACUUGAUGUUAUGUCAGUCUAAAAUGGUAUACACGUGGUGUACACAUCUUAACAACUUUGGCCUAAGGAAAUGCUAGGCAUUUAGUGAAACGAGCCUCUACUAAAUCAUUUCGUAUCCUGCCUUUCAGGAUGUGCAACUGUAGCACUUUUUCAUAAAUUUGAGGACCAAUUUAAGUUCUCAGCAGUCUCAUAUUAAUCUCAAUUAUAAUUUACAUGAGGCACUUUUAAUGAAUCAUUGGUCUUUUACUGUGUUUUUAUUUAGAAAUUUGAAAUAUCUCUAGAAACGUACAAUGUUUAAGGACCACUUAGUGAUUGUGAAUGUGUCUGAUAUAUGGCACUUUUUCACUUGUAUAUUUUCUGUAAAAUAAAACCACGAUUCCUUUGAAA